AUGGAACGGUCAUCAGCCCCACUGCAUACUCUCUAUUUGAGUCGAGAUAACGGCGACGCAAUCACAGUCAACCUCGUCAGGCUCAACGGGUGCAUUGCUCCCCUUUACAGCGUCGGUCACAACGAAAAGAUGACCAAGAUGGAAGUUCGGAGGAUCAGAUGCGACGCCGUCUCCACUCAAGACCGUCCCGUCGGCUCUAUCAAAACUCGUAUGUUACUGCCAAGACUCGAUGUCGCCGUACGAGGAGUCAAGUUCAAAAUGACACGAAAGCACCCCCUAUCGAACGCCCUCAGCUUCCGCUUCUUGGGCGUGGGUGAGAUGCGCUGGGAAGAGCUGGGCAAGCAGGGCAGAGGCAUGAGACUGGUAGACUUCAACGGCAAGACGCUGGCACACUUUCGCCCGAGGUUGCAUGUGCUGAAUGCGGGCGGAGUUGGUGGGGGAAAGGAAGAGGGCAACCCGCUCGAGGGCGGGCUGAAAGGCGUGACCAGGGCUGUGCGAGGUCCCGGCUUUGAGUUGCACAGCGCGCUUGCAGAUCUCGAUAUGGACCUGAUUGUUACGACCGGCUUGGCGGCGGCAGAGCACCGUCGGCAGUUGGACGAAGGCUGGAACAUGGAAGCCGACGAGACAGAGGUUAAGGACGAGAAAACCCGGCAGAUAUGA